AUGGUGGCCGCAAAGAAGAUGAAAAAGUCGCUGGAGCCCAACAGCUCUAGGCUCCAACUCAUUAUGAAAAGUGGGAAGUAUGUGUUGGGGUACAAGCAGACUCUGGAAAUGAUCCAACAUGGCAAAGUGAAACUGGUCAUCCUCGCCAACAACUGCCCAGCCUUGAGGAAAUCUGAAAUAGAAUACUAUGCCAUGUUGGCCAAAACUGGUGUCCAUCACUACAGUGGCAAUACUAUUGAAUUGGGCACAGCUUGUGGGAAAUACUACAGAGUGUGCACACUGACUAUUAUUGAUCCAGGUGAUUCUGAUAUCAUUCGAAGCAUGCCAGAACAGACUGGUGAAAAGUGA